AUGCCGUCGUUCAGCCUGUCCAAGACCCAAGAGGUCGUCCUCUUCAGCUCGACAGCCAUUGCCCUGUAUGGCUACGACCAGGGCAUGAUGUCGCUCAUCAACACGAAUGAGGACUACUUGCAAACCAUGGGAAUUGGCCCUGAGGACCCAAUGGUCGGUAUUCUCGUGGCGGUCUACUACCUAGGCUGCUCCCUCGGCGCGGUACUCUUCUCCUGGCUGUCGGAUAACCACGGCCGCAAGAAGGCCAUCUUCGCCUGUCUGGCGACGGCGAGCCUGGGGAACCUGAUCAUGUUCCUCACCGGGCUGGGAGGGUGGACUCAACACGCCAUCCAUAUGUUCUGGGUCGGGCGGGUCGUCAUGGGGCUGGGCGUGGGCGGCAUUGACGCCGUUAUCCCGGUGUUCAGCUCCGAGCUGAGCAGCGACGGCGCGAGGGGCAAGGCGCUGGCACAGGAGUUUCAGAUGAACAUCUUUGGGCUCAACAUGGCUUUCGCCAUAAACAUUGCCGUGACUCACACGCUCGGCAAGUCGAACCAGUGGGCCUGGCGGACUCCCAUUGUGGUCAUGCAGGUGUACCCCGUGCUGCUCUUCCUGGUCAUCGAGAGACUGCCUGAGAGCCCCCGGUGGUUCAUCUUCCAUGAUAAGGAAAAUGAUGCAAAGGAGGCACUGGUCGAUAUCUACGGCGAGGAGGAGGGAGAGGAGAAGGCCAAGGAGUUGUUCGAGGCACAUGAGAAGGAGAAGGAUGAUGAACCAGUGACAUACACCAACAUGAUUACUCCCGGGAAGCCUACGUUCCAUCCUACUGUGAUCGUGGUAAUGGGCCAGAUAAACCAGGCCCUGACAGGCUACGGCGCCGUCUCAGUCUAUGGCCCUCAGAUCUUCGAGCUCCUCGGGUUCGACGUCAAGAUGGCAGAGUACAUCACACAGGCCAACUACGUGUCCUACUUCUUCCUCAUGACCCUGGCCUGGAUCCUCAUCGACGCAGUCGGCCGCCGCAAGCUCCUCCUCGGCGGCAGCGCCGCGCUGACCGCCAGCUUCGCCCUCCUCACGCUCUUCGGCGCGCUCGCCAUGACCUCGUCGCCGUCCUCCGAGGAGGGCGGCCUCGGCGCGCCCGCGAUCCUCGGCACCGUCACGCUCUUCAUCGCGACGGGCGCCUUCGGCAUCGGCUGGCUCGCGACCGUGUGGCUCAUCCCGACCGAGAUUUACGCGACGACGGCGAGGGCGCAGGCGUCUGCGAUAUCCGUCAUCGUGUGGGGGCUUGCCAACUUCGCCGUGACGCUGCUCAGCCCGCUCCUGUUCAACAACCUCAAGUACUGGAUAUUCCUGAUCUUCGCUGCGACGAACGCCUUUGCUGGCGUCUGGACCUACGUCUACCUCCCGGAGAGCGGCGGGCGCAGCUUUGAAGAUAACCAGCAAUUUUUCACUGACGCGAAGGAGGCGGGUACCUGGAGGGUGGCAAAGGUAUCCGGCGGGGUGUAUAAGAGACUCGCGUACGGAGGUACGGAGGGCGAGAACGAGCCUCUGCUGCAGAGACUGCAGGAUCAGGUGCAGGAGUUGUAA